UAUUAUUUGCACAAACUCGCUGUGUGGAAUAGUCACUUUAUAGAUUCGUUCGUAUCAACUUUUUCAUGCACUAGCAAAUUGACUCUUUCUCCCAAUUUAAUAAACUUACUUACUUAAUUGAACAGAAAAAUGAGAUUGGAAAAGUGCGCGGAUCUUCAACCCACAUCUGCCAGCAUUUACGUUCCGUUUUACAAGUACUUAAAAUAUGUGGGAAUUUACCCAUACGCCUUUGAAUUUCACCCUGUGCCCAAAAAUUUCACUGGAAUCCACCCCCUUCGAAAAUUAUCCACACAAAAAUCCGGACUAUUCGUCAUUUUCAAUAGAUUCGUUAUUUUAGUAAAUUUUAUGCAAACAUUGUUCCUAUUGGCGCAAUUAGUUUGGACCAUUUCAACCCAACAUUCCGAUUCUAGCAUGAUUUUAAAUCUGAUUGCAUGGUUUGGUCUGUAUGGUUUGGGGCUGGUCGUCGUUGUGAAACAAUUCAUGGAUGGAGAAGCGAUAUGUCAGUGGAUCACGGAGACUAACGCCAUGGAGUUGGAAAUUUAUGAAAGAUACAACUCCAGAAAUCCCUCAUCGCACAAAACUGCCUUUCGCAGGCUGGCCAUCAAAAUGGUCCUGUUCAGCCUUACCGGCGCCGGUAUCACGAUUACGCAUCACCUGCAAUAUCCAGACUCCCCCGUCUUCAUUUACAGCAUCUUAUCUAAAAGUUCCUACUUCAAGAACCCCUUAUUUCUAACUCUGUCCACCAUCCUGCACACCCUCUUUAUGAUUUACGAGCUGGGCUUCAUGGUUCAGCACGUCUCAGGCUGCCUCAACUUUUGCCGCGUCCUAGAGUCUUGUUUGAAUCUGAUGUCGUUUGAAAGUAGGGAGAAAUUUGCACCAUUCGAAUUAUUGGUUGAGUUGGAUCAAGCGUUAAUUUAUUAUAAAAGAUUGGACCACCUUGUCAAAGAAUCGAACAAACUGUUUGCCUGGAAUUUGGCCAUUAUAAUGGGCGGGUAUUCCUUGAUGGGGUGCAUUGUGGCGUUUCUGCCACUGCAUUAUUGGGACUCGAACUCACCGCUGAUGCUCGGCUAUAUUUUUCUCUUUGUCACCAUGAUGUACAUAUUUUGUCGCACGAUUCCCGGAAUGGGGAAGGUGUACGAGGUUUCGAAAAGCUUCAGGGUAUCGUGGCUACGGGGGGUGUCGUAUUCGAAGGAUAGCUUAAACCUAGUUGUGGAACAGGGAAAUUAUUUCAAACUGUUGAAAUUGAGACUUCAGUCAUGCAUCCCGUUCGGGUUCAAGUGUGGAAAUUUCUUUUAUAUUAAAACUUCAACGAUUUUGACCUUCUUUUCAGCAAUUGCGACAUAUGUAAUUAUUUUAUUACAACUGGAUAUUUAAUUAAUUAGUGAGAUGUAAAUAUAUUUGUGGAUUAUAAUGCAAAAUAAAUGUGUGUAUAUUUAUAUAUGUUUUAUAAGUUCUAUCUCAUACUUGUCUAAAAUGUUUCAAGAUUCAACUUAACAAAUUGUUCAGUGUGAGAUUUUUG